AUAGAGGAAACUAGACGAGAGUACUAAGAAUAAGGGAAUAAAUGUGCUGACUAUGCAUACCUGGUUAAACAUAUAAUUAUUUGCAGAAAAUGGUUAAGGGAAGAGAGAGAGUGAGAUUACAGAGGAACAAGGUGGAUUUAAAAAGAUACAGAAUGAAGCCCAGCAUGGUGGCUGAUGAGAUGUUCCCUGAGGGUGCCGGCCCAUACAUGGACUUGGACGAAGCUGGUGGCUCAGGGGGACUCUUAAUGGACCUCACUGCAAAUGAAAAGGCUGUUCAUGCUGACUUUCACAAUGACUUUGAUGAUCUCUUUGAUGAUGAAGAUCUAAAUUAAAACCAGAAGGACUGUGAAACUUAAUUUCUGCAUUUUCCCAACAAAUGGAUAGAGAAUAAAAUGAAUAAAGUAUGAAACAUCA